AUGUUUACUAGCCCGGCUGUGCAUACAUUAUCAGAGACAACAGCUAUACGUUUAUAUAAUAGUGUAACUGUUGGAAGUGAUCAUCGAACGCCCGUUCCGCCGAUUAGGCCACAGAUUGAAGCGCUAGAGCAAAAGUCUAUUGAAUCAAUACAGUCGUGUAACGAAUUUGGCAAUUCAUGUCGGAUAUGUCGCUGGAAUCGCAGCGAUAUGCAAAUACUUCAGUGUCCAUGUCAUUGCAAGGGCAGCGUGGGGCAUGUUCAUUUGCAAUGUCUAAAAAGAUGGAUAAUGCAUAGAAGAGAUAAUCAUUGCGAAAUAUGCAAAGAAAUUUUCAAUCUACCAGAUGAAAAAAUUAGCAUCAAACGAAUGAUAAACACUUUCUGUACACGUUGCCUCGGCGCUAUAAUUAAGCAUAUACUUUUUAGUGCCUCUUUGAUACCUUUGGCACAUGUAGUGCUACAUCAAGUUCUCUUUUGCAUGGAGAACAUUAACCAAAGUCCGAAUGAACAACUUUCAGUGUCAGAAGUGUUAGUGGCAUCGUGUGCAUUACUAACUUCAAGUGCUUUAUUUUUUCAUUUUUUUGAAUUUAUUACAACACGUAUCUUCCUGAUACGGAACAUAUUUAGGCAGUGGUGGGUGUUUGGAAAUGCAAGCGAUUUCCCUUUACUCGAAUUGGAAAAUGAUAUUUUGGAUUUCUUUUAG